UACUUCAAGAGAAAUAACCUCUAAAAAAUUGAGAAGUUUCAUGUAUUUAAAUAAAUUUUUUAAUAAAUUACUUAAUCAUAAUAUAACAGAAUAUUAGAAGAUGGCUGUGAUUUCUAAUAUUUUUUCUCGCAGUGGUUACAACGGGUUACGAGCAGCGAAAAUAUUACGCAAUGCAGUUAAAAAAUGUACCUCGUUUACUAAUGUAAAUUCAGUGGAUAAAUCAUUGGACAAUAAGACAGCAGAGCAGAAUUUUAAACAAAAUAAAAUUAUACCGUCAAGGUAUCGAUAUACUUAUCCAGAAUUUUUACCAGAUCCUGAUCCAAAAUAUCGCAAUUUACUCAGAGAGAAAUUAGAACGUAUGGAUAUGUUAGCAAGGCGAGCACACAUAAAUAUACCAGAGUUUUAUGUUGGUUCUAUAUUAAGUGUAACUUAUUCUGAGCCGCAUGCUCCAGGGAAGGUUAACAAAUUUAUUGGAAUAUGCAUUGAAAGGAAAGGCUGCGGACUGAGAGCUACGUUUCAGUUGAGGAAUGUAGUUGAUGGUUAUGGUGUAGAGGUGCUCUAUGAAUUAUACGAUCCUGCUAUACAGAAGAUAGAAUGUCUCAGUAUUGCUAUUUAUGAAAUGUCUAGACUUGAAAAGAGAUUGGAUCCACAUUUACGGUAUCUUCGAGAUGCACCACUGGAUUACAGUACAUUUCCCUUUGAUAUGGAACCAGAAUAUCUAGUAGAAGGAGCACCAGUUCCUAUAAAUGAAAUGAAAGUGAAACUAAAUCCAUUUCCAUGGGUAGAGAAAUGGGAACUUCAAGAUUUAAAAGGUGUAGAGAAAUUUGAACUUUAUGGGAAACGUUUGAAAAGAGCUGAAGCAUUUAAAAAGCCUUGGGAAAAAUAUGACCUAAUGAAAAUAUAUAGAUCGACUGUACCUGAAGAAGAUCAAAAUGAAAUAUUUAAUGAGGUAUAUACAAAAUUGCAUGAGUUGGAGAUUACUAGACGUAGGCAGAAGCACAAACGAGCUUUCGUACGCCCGCAGAAAACUGCUUAAAUUGCUGAUUAUGUACAGCAAUUCUUAAUUUACAUAAGAUGAAAAUAUAUAUAAUUGUUUCUUUGUACAAUAUGAUGUUUGUUUGUUUUCCUAAAAUCUUAUAAUUAUAUAAUGGAAAUUACACAAUAAAAGUAAGAUUUGUAGUAAUCGCUAAAACAGAUUUGAAACUAUUAUUUUUUUUAUACAAAAUCUAAUUAAAUAUAAGAACAGAAAGUCCUAAUGUAUUAUUGGAAACUUCAGAUCAAUAAA